CGCAGCAGUAAUGGCGUCCUCCCGCAGACAGCAGCUUUGUUUACGUUCCGGUUUUUGGAUAAUUUUCAUCUUUUUCUGUUUUUAUUCACAUCUGGAUCUGAUUCUGGCGGCAGAUGUGGGAAACUGCGAGGACCUCAGACUCGGACAGUUUCUCUGUAAGGAGCCAAACAUCGAUGAAGCGACUCAGGAGCCGGAGAACUGCAGGGUGACGACGGCCUGGGUUGAGUGCCUCCCAGCUCCAAACAUCAGCUGUCGUCUCUCUAACGGGACGGAGUUCAGGUUCAGCGGUGAAGAGGUGGGCUUCAACAAAACCAUCACCUGCAGGAACGUGAGCGGUUAUUCCUAUAAAGUGGCUGUGGCUUUAUCUUUGUUCCUCGGCUGGUUGGGAGCCGACCGCUUCUACCUGGGAUACCCUGCUCUAGGUCUGUUGAAGUUCUGCACGGUCGGUUUCUGUGGAAUCGGCACUUUGAUCGACUUCGUACUGAUCGCCAUGCAGAUCGUGGGUCCAGCUGACGGAUCAAACUACAUCGUAGAUUAUUACGGAGCUCGUCUGACUCGUCUGUCCAUCACCAACCAAACCUACAGGAAGCCUCACCUGUCCCAGUGAGCUCACCUGGCUGCCCCCCCCCCCUGCCCCCCCUCUGCCCCCCCCCUCACUGACAGGUUUCAUUGAGCUGCUGAACUUUCCUCUCAUCCAUCUUCCAACAACUUUACUGCAAUAUUAAAUAAAUGUGUAAUAUUUCACAUUUCAGCAGUUUCACUUCAUUUCUAUUAAAGUCACAUUUUCUUCUCAUUUUAUUUUGAAGGUGUGAAGAUGAAAUGUCAGAUUAGUUUCAUAUCUGUUUUAUUUAAUGUUAUUUUUUAAUGUAAUGAAUAUAUAUUGAUGUUUCAAUGCUGCUGCGUCUUUAAGUUAUGAUGGUUU